AUGGCAAGUCUCAGCUUUUUUGGAAUCAAACUACGCCCACACUGGGCGAAAAACUCUGAUAUUAUACUAGACAUCUGUGAGGCCCCAGCCGACUCAGCAACAUUCGGAGCCAACCUGCGCCCAGCCACGGAGACAUUUGGAAACCUUGGCAUUCCGCCACUAUGGGAAAAAGGAGGAUUUUGGGGAACGUUGGACGGUGAAGAGGAUAGAACGGUUGGAACGGAGGAAUCUGAGCGUGCGGUUGGCCGUCAGAGCUCCGUUGGACGAAGACACUACCUUUUGAUACUGGCUUGUUUGGGUUUUGAUUGUGAUUGGGAAUUGCGUGGAUAAAUAGUAUUGGCAUUUAUUCGUGUGGGUUAUUUGUGUGGAAUAUAUUGGGAGUUUGUCCCGUGAUUAUCUAGGGGAAUUGCCUGUGGAAUCGUUUGGAGGAGCAGAGCAUUUAUUUUCCCAUUUGGCGACCACGAACGGCGGCCACUCGACGUUCGUAGAUCGAUCGCGUUGUGUUUCGGCGGAACAAGAAAUAAUUCCGACGAACUCAGAUAUUGACCAAAAGAAAUCACGGUCUUAUCUGAUUCAGCCUCACCGUAAGAAAUCAGAGUGAGGUUGAAACCGAAUUCACACUGCAAGAAAUUGUGUGGAGUCGGACCUGACGAGCCCAAAGAAAGGUAAACUCGGAAGGAAAAACUGUUUUGAUCCUAAGAAAUCCGUGGUCAAAACAGCUGCAGAUCUGUGAGAAGGAAAAGAUCUUGCGUGGUAAAAGAUUAUUCAGCCACUUUUGAACAUUUUCCGCCAAGAAAUCCCGGAAAUUUUGCCUUCGGUCUAGUACAAUAUAGUACUUGGUAUCAUACACGAGCCAAUCAAGUUCUUUUGGCAUUCGUGAGCUGUGUUAUCGAUUAGAGAAAUCGUUCGAGCAAGAAAAGUCGCGUUCUUUUGCGUAACCUUUGAGUAAAUUUGAGUUGGAUAUUAUUUUAGGUAUCCAAACGGAUUUGGGUGCCAUUUGGUUUUGAAGUUGAAUUGAUUUGUGAUUCUUAUAUUUAUUGGAAGGGUUUAUCGUGCCACACGUGAAGGGUUGUGAAUUUUCCGCGAAAUUGGUGAAUUUUUUCGAGAAUUUUGACUCGAUAUUAUACUUGAUAUUUCAGGCAAAAACUCGGUCCGAAGUCGCCCAUAAGGCUCCAGGAGAAGCACAAAGACCUCGAGAAGGACAAGAGCAGUUCCCUGACAAACCAACUGACAACAUUCGGUAAGAUUUUGACUAUUAGUGUUGAAUAUUUAGAAAAUGGAUGGUGGGGACUUAAAAGCUGGGGAAAAUGUAGAGAGGAAGCUGGAAGAUUUCAUCGGAGAAUCUAGGGCACGCGCGGAAGCGGCCGAACAACGGCAGGCAGCGGUCGAAAAGAAUUUAGAUCGACUAAUUGAGCUGUUAAAUAAAACUGCGACCUUGCAAGCAGCAGCAGCGCCUCCAAGCCCGCAGCAGGCACCAGAGAGUUCUGAGACGAGUAGACAAAGGAUUGACUUUGCGGAGCUUAUGUUCCUGGAUAUGCGCCUUCCAAGUUUAAGUGGUCGAGAAAAGUCGAGUGACAUAGCGAGAUUUUUCUAUAAGUUCAAGGCGGGAACAAAAAACAUGUCCUCAUCCGAGAAAACAGAUCUUCUCGAGGCAAAGUUAAAUGAUCAGGCUGCGAGAAUCUUCGAGCAUUGUAAACUGUCAUCAAGUAGCGGGAAUUUUGAUGAGGUCUUUGAAAGUUUCGAGAAGGAGGUGAAAGCUCGAACAUCUGACAACAAAGAUUGGGCGUCUAUCUUUUUAAAACCCUUCUACAGGCGAUACGACAUGUCAAUGCGCGAAUAUGCAGACAAAAUUACGGACAUGACUAUCAAUGCGUUUGCGGGAGCCCCAAAGGAGAUCAUGGAAAAACAAAUGUUAUCUAAAUUUAUGAUCGGUCUCAAUCAUAGGGAAGCGGGUAAUGCCUUAGCGGCGGAAAAACACAAAAAUUUGCCAUUUGAAGAAAUGGUCCAGAUCGCCGUCAAUGUGUAUCAGUUUAAUAAAGACAAUGAACACCUAGUUCGCCCGCAACAGUCAAUUGAAGCUGACAGCAACUUCAGCAACCCUAACCCAGCGCUGCAAGACUUUCCGAGGAACUCGUUAACCACAGGCAACCGACAAUAUCCUGAGAUUCCGGGCGAUAAUAGAAAUUCAAGGGGUGAUCAAAAUCAGGAUUUUCAGAGCCCCGGCCUGCACUAAAUUCGCGCAAGCCAGAGCCGGGUAAAUACAACAACAGUAUUCAAGCGCGACCGCAGUGUUACUAUUGUCAUAGGGGAACUCACAUAGGAAAAGACUGUUAUAAAAGACGAGAUUACCUCGAGAAACAGAGAAAGAAAUCAUCAUGCACACACCCAAAUAACAAGGCGAAUAAAAGGUUCCCAACCUUAUCUCGAAUCAUUUCAGCAGGUCCAUGGAAUCCAAGAUCGAAUGCAAGUCCUGAAAUCAAGGAAAUCGAGAGCCUCAUGAUAAACAAGGUUGAGAACCGUGAAGACACCCAGCGAAAAGCACGUCAGGAAACUUUCAGAACAUACUCAGAUCCCGAGAAAACGGACGAAAACGUCAGUGGAAUUGAAUUUGGAGAUCUUGAAACGUUAUUUGCUGAGCCAGAGAUUUCAGGUCGGCCUACAAAAGUUCACCUACAGACGGACUACACCUUGGAACUGUCAAAAUCUGUAUUCAUGAGUUGGAGUCACGAGCAGGAAAGGAAAUAUUUGGAUUUUGAAGAGAUAUUGGAUAACUCCGUCUAUAGAAAAUGGUUCAAUACUCAAGUCCCUGAAGAACGGUGUUCAAAAAUUGGUGUUAGCCUUCGAAGAGCGAAUAAUUUUGGGAUUUCUGACAAAAUAAGUGAGUCAUUUCCCCUGGAAUUAGUGCCAAAAAUCGACAGUGUCAUUCAGAUCUCUGAUAUUUGUCAAAACGAUUGUGGGUUUCAGAAGUCAUUCCUUCCCGUCAAAGGUUGUAAAUUCAAGUUUUUGGAACAAAAUCAUAGUUUGAGUGGGGGAUUCGAUAAGAAGAGCUCGAUAGAGUGGUUUUGUUACUCGAGAAUUGAGGGGAAAGGCACAAAAUUCAAAUCUUUCGAAGUUAUGUGGACGUAUAUGGCAAAGUGUAUUGUCAAUUGCUAUUCAACCGUGGGAAUACCGUAUUUUAUUGCUAUUUGUUGUCUUAUUUCGAAGGUAUUUCUGUUUUUGAUUAACAAAUUUUCUGUUUAUUUAUUAUGUUCCGGUAAAAAGUCAAAUCUGAUGACAUUUUGGCCCUGUUUCAGGAAUGCGCAAAAGCUUUCUGAAAACGCCGGGACGUCGUUUGGUUAUUGAGGGGGGAGCCAGGGGUAUUUAGGGACUUCAUUUGACUUUUUAAUAUUACUUAUUUUCAGAUUUUUGCCGUGUUCUUUAUUUUUUGUUCCUUUGUGCCAAUCCAAUCCUGCCAAUCCGAUCCCGCCAGUCCAAGCCCGCCAACCCGAACCCAACGAUGCCUCAUCCCGACUACCAACCCCAUUCUGAACCCCCGUGCCACUGGAAUCGAUGAUAUGACGUCGGGACGCCGUCACAUUAAGGGAGGGGCGUGUGAGGCCCCAGCCGACUCAGCAACAUUCGGAGCCAACCUGCGCCCAGCCACGGAGACAUUUGGAAACCUUGGCAUUCCGCCACUAUGGGAAAAAGGAGGAUUUUGGGGAACGUUGGACGGUGAAGAGGAUAGAACGGUUGGAACGGAGGAAUCUGAGCGUGCGGUUGGCCGUCAGAGCUCCGUUGGACGAAGACACUACCUUUUGA